AUGACAAUGAGUCGAACGACUAUUAUGCAACAAGUUUUGUUGAUUCUCUUUCUAUGCUUGAGCUAUGAUGGUGUUCGAGGAACAAAGUUAUCCGACGAACAAGAAGAUCAAGAGUUGGAGAAGCAACUAAAACUUCUAAAUAAGCCUGCCAUUAAAACGAUUAAGACUGAAUAUGGUGAUAUAUAUGAUUGUGUGGACUUCUAUAAACAACAUGCCUUUGAUCAUCCAUUAUUAAAGAAUCACAAUUACCAUCCUCAGAUGAAACCCUCUUCAUAUGUGAAAGAGAGUGAUUCAAUUAUAUCGACAAGUAAUGAGUUGCCAAGAAUAAGAUUACCGGAUGGAGGUUGUCCUGUUGGAACUGUUCCUAUCAGAAGAACAACGAAAGAAGAUCUUAUUAGACAUAAGCUUUUGCCCCCACCAGAAGAUAUAAUGGUCGACAGUCCACUUACUCAGAGGGAAAACUCCAUUGAUUCGAAAAAAAGAAGAUACAAACCUUUACAAGGGUACAAGCUUGCAAUCGUUCAUACCGAAGACAAUCCGAGUAACAAAUUUGGAGGAGGCGCCAUGACAACUAGUAUCUAUAAUCCUCAUGUCGAAGGUCAACAACAUAGUGCAUGUCGGUUGAAAAUAGUUAAAGGACCAAAUAUUAUACAAGUUGGUUGGAGAGUUGAUCCUACCUUGUAUGGUGACAACGCGACUAGGUUAUACAUACAUUUCCAGGAUGGUAAAAAUGCUUGUUUCAACUUGUUAUGUCCUGCCUUUGUACUUGUAAACCGAGAAAUAGUUGUAGAUGGAGCACUUUAUCCCGUUUCACAACGUGGAGGGAAAUUAUUUGAGACGAAACUUUCGAUAAAUUGGGACCUAAACAAAGGAAACUGGUGGUUGUUCAUCACAAACACUAAUAUACCAGUUGGUUUUUGGCCUCGAGAAGUGUUUGACGACUUUGAAUAUUAUGCAACAAGCGUUCAAUGGGGCGGAGUCGUAUAUAGUCCACCAGGAAUACGUGAACCUCCCAUGGGUUCAGGAUUUUCUCCCAUUAGAAACACUUUAUAUGACGCAUUUUGCAGAAAUAUUACACUUUUAAGUGAUAAGGGUGACAAUAUUAAUGUAGGUCAAUUGCCAACAUAUGUAAACAGCCCUAAUUUAUACAAUGCCAUAGAUAUUCCUAAUGGUGGGGAUUAUUUCAAACAUGUGAUGGUUUAUGGUGGACCUGGUGAGCAGGCAUGA